GCAGAAGGUAGUUAUGAGAAAGCUUUUUAGAAGAAAAUACAUCAAACAUAAAAGAAGAGAAACAGCAUAAUGGAAGCAGCAACAAUGGGUUUUGUUGCUAAAACUCUCCCUCACCUUGGCAAUGGCACUCGUCUUCCUCUUAAGACCAAACUCUCGCUCUUUCCUAUGCAUUUGCUUCACAACCACAUUACUCUUUCUCGGAGAUCGACAAAACAAAACUUAUGUGUUAAGGCAACUAGUGAGAGUAGUGGUGAUGUUGAGAGUAGCCGUCCUUUGCCUCAUGUUGCUCCCACUCUUUGGGGAGAUCACAUCCUCUCUGUCCCCACCGAAAACUCGGAAUUUGAUUCACUAGAGACAGAGAUUGAAUCAAUUAUAAAGCCGAAAGUGAAGAACAUGCUAAUGUCCUCUCACAACACUGAUAAAGAGAGAAUAUUACUCAUCCACUUGCUUAUGUGUCUUGGUACUUCCCAUUACUUUGAGAAGGAAAUCGAAGAGAUUCUAGACCAGGCUUUUGAGAAGUUGGACUCGUUAAUUAGAGACGAAGAUGAUUUGGAAACAAUUGCCAUCAUGUUUGAGGUUUUCAGAUUAUAUGGACAUCAGAUUUCUUGUGAUGUGUUCGAUAGAUUCAAAGGUGUUGAUGGGAAGUUCAAACACCUAGUCAGUGAUGUUAGGGGAAUACUACAGCUGUAUGAAGGAGCGCAUCUCACGACACCCUCCGAAGAUGUAAUGGACGAAGCCCUGAGUUUUACAAGGUAUCACUUGGAAUCUCUGGCCGGACAAGAAGCGACGGCUCCUCAUAUGGCACAACAUAUACUAAACGCAUUGUAUAAACCUCGGUUUUUCAAGUUACAAAUAGAAGCUGCCAGGGAAUAUCUUUCUUUCUAUGAAAAAGAGAGUCAUGAUGAGACGUUGCUCAAGUUUGCGAAGCUCAACUUCAACUUUUGCCAGCUCCAUUACGUUAGAGAGCUAAAAACUCUCACUAAAUGGUGGAAGGACAUUGGUCUUGUAUAUAAGCUACCUUUCAUUAGAGACAGGCUUUUGGAGACCUUUGCCGGUGUCAUAGCGUUGUUUUUCGAGCCACACUAUUCAUUGGGGAGAAUUAUAACCACUAAAGCUUCCCAAGUUACAAUAGUUAUGGAUGAUGCAUGUGAUGCAUAUGGAACUUGCUCUGAAGUUAGAAGUUUCAUCGAUUCUUUGCAAAGGUAGUUAGUAUGUGCCAUUGAAGAACUACCGAGCAGUUUCAGAAUCAUCAUCCGAAGUAUGAUGGAAACUAUGGAAGAUAUUGAAAGAGAAAUGAAGCCGCGCGGAAGAUCCUCUAGUGUGCAAUACUUGAUAGAAGAGCUUAAGAUCUAUGCGGAAUCGUACGUAGAGUUAUCAAAAUGGUCCCGAUCAGGUCAUGUUCCAACCUUUGAUAAAUACAUUGAGGUUGGGAUUGUCUCGUCAGGGAUGAGAUUCUUGGGAAUGUUAAGCUUUAUAACGCUGGAAGAUUGCGAUGAAAACCAAACGACUGAGUGGUUCGAAUCCAAACCUAAUAUCUUACAAGCUUUUUGUUUUUUAUACCGUCUUCAAAACGACAUAGGCAGUUACUAGGAUGAUAUGAGGAGAGGAGAGGUGGCUAAUGGGGUGAACUGUUACAUGAAGCAACAUGGUGUUACUAAAGAAGUGGCGGUUAGAAAAAUUAAGAAGAUGAUUAGAGAUAGUUAUAAGAUAGUGAUGGAGGAGUUCUUGACGACAAAAGGUGUACCACGUCCAGUUCUGGUACGGUGCCUCAACAUGAUAAGAUUGAUCAAGCUGUUUUAUUACAAGGAGGGUGAUGGAUACACCAAUCCCCAAGGAGAGCUCAAAGACCUCAUCACAUCUUUGUUCUUCCACCCUCUUCCGUUUUGA